GCCGCUUCUUUUUUCCCCGCGCGUCUUUUCGGCCUCUCCACCCUUUGGUCUAAUCCCCCGGAUGCGGAGCCUGCGGCUGCGCUCCGGUCGACGUCGAGGCGAGAGCGGAGGGGAUCAGGCCGGCGCGCUCAUCCUGUCGUGGGUGGAUGCCAACUAUAGGGUUUGCUUUCGAGGAAUCAAUCGUGUCGGCCCCUCGGCUCCCCAUUGGUCGGUAUACCUUGCUUCCUUUGCUGGAUCCCUCGCGGAUGUCGCUCGAGAGAAUCGUUUCUCGUGUGACCUCGAAUCAAUCAAGGAAGCUGGCCGGUAUAGCUAAAUACCGUGUUAUUUUUAUUUUCUAGUACUGGAACGAUAAAGGCUGCGCAAACUUGGAUAUUUGAUCGAACUUCGAGACUUUAGUGUUGGGUUCUUUCGCACAUCAUGUAUUCCUUUAUGGAAAGGAGUCACUGGUUUUUGGUUCUGGUGAUGAAGCUACUCCAGUGUCUCCUUGCUCUAUUGGAGCUCACUGCAUGUGGCUCUACUCCAGUGCUAUGUUAUACAUCAUGAGAAGUUGGGAGAUUUUCUAGUUGAUAAUCUCAGUUAUAGCCUGACCUCUAGAUCUACCUGAGCUUCUAUGAGGUAUACGGCGGAGGUUAAUCUAAUUGAUUAUCAUAGUUUGUUUUUAAAUGCAUAUUUUUCGCGAUUUCCAAAUGUGUUUCGAAAGUGAGCAGGAUAUGAGGCAAAUAGACGCACACGUAUGGAAACCAAUUCUAAGGUGACAAAAGCAUUGGAGCAUUAGACUAUACGUACAAAACGCAACCAUAGAAGCAUCUCUCUUUUUGGGGAACCGUAGAUGAUAAAGCUACAUAUACACUUUUGGAGGGUACUGGGAGAAAAUCUAGGUCAUGUUGGGCACACGAUACUGGUUUUAGAUUGUUGAAAGUGCAUGUGUUGAUGCUAUAAAAGGAUUGUUGACAACGUGGUCACGCACAAGCCAUGGAGUGUCAAUAACCUUGAUGCGUGGAAGCAGAUAUGUGAUGCAUGGAUAUAAAAUUGUCUUUGAUCUCUCCCAUUUCCAUUUGCCUAAUCCAUUUGCAGAGGGGCAUAAGGCUAUAGCAAAUGCUAUAGUAUGAUAAUUUCAUUUAUGAGAAAGGCCAAAUCCCUUAUAGCUUUGUCUUGAGACUUAUUUGCACCUCACUCAUCUAUAUGCAUGAUAUAGCAGUUUGAGUAUCAUAUUUGUUUUUUUCAACUGAAACUAAUGUUUAUAUCAACAUGGUAUUAUACCUAAAAUAAUGACCACAGGAAUUUUCUGAUUUACAUUUUGAUGAACUUUGGAGCCAUAAGUACUAUUGGAGUAUUGGACUUGUCACGCAUGAACUCAUAGGGAAACAUUACCAUCUAUAUACCUACGUCUUAUCUGUAUCAACUUUUAGAGUGUUACCAUGGUUACCUGUAAGCAUGCUGUUAAGAUUUUAAAAAAAUACUGAAAUAUGUCUUAUGUUAUGUGAGAAUACAAUCCCUCACCGUGCUUUGUAAAAAGGAUGUUUUGUGAUGUUUGCCACAAGAAUGAUCUUGCAGAAAGGAACAAUGUUGUCAUAAGAAUGUUCAGUAUAGAAAGAGAAGGCAUGUUUUUCUGUAGUGAUGAAUGAUGGACCGCUAUGCUUUUUUAUCCUUUUAUAAAUGUACACAUCAAGUAGGGAAGGUAUUGACUGUGCAGAUUGUAUGUAGACAAGAUAUGUAGUUCACGCAUUCGUGGCCUCAGCAGUGACUCAUCCAGAAUGCGUCUUUUCUGAUCCAUUCCCUGUAUAGGUGUUUUGGUUAUUUCGAUAUUUUUUAAUCCAUGUCAGAUUCUCUUAUCAAGUUGUGAUGUUGAUUGGAGGUCAGGAGCAAUCAUCGGAUCAAUGAUUGAAUGAAUCUCUUUUACUCCUUUUGUGAAAGUUUGUUGGUUCUGACACGUGGUCCAAUGUGUUGAGAGAGUCUUGGUUUUUUAACAAUUGGAAGGAACUGUUGGUGCCUGUUUCUCUGUCUACUUUUCUUUUGCUGGGGCUCAAAGUAAGCAUCAGUGGGCCUAUUCUAAUUCCCCAUCGUUCUCUCAGAUUUUAUCUCCACAUUUUGUUUGAACUUUGAGGGGCACAAAAAGAUAUAUUGUUCUAUCUUUCCCCUCCUUGUCUGGUUACAUAAGAUAAUUUCUUUUGAAAUAUUAGGAUAAGUUUUCACUUAAAGCUGAUGGUAUUCUUCACCUACAAAGCUGUUAAUCAAUAGCCAAAGAAGAGAUUGGUGUAAAGUUACUAGUUUUAUUUGUAGGUUUUAACUUCAGUUCCUAGUAGAUAUUAAUUGAACUACAAUUUAGUAUUUAUUGGAACAGAAUGAGAGCAUUAUUUUUCUACAUUUGUGCAAAAUACCUCGUUGGUUGUACUAAAUCAUCAAAUAGGGGUGUUACUAGUUUACUCAGCCCGCUCGAAACUGGAAAUCAAUGAGUUUAGGCAGUGAUUACCUUAGCUUCUAGUUGAGCAUGCCAGAAAACAGACUACCACCGAUUUUGAAUGGUAAAUUCAAAACUGGGAAUGAACAGCCCUACUUCAAAAACAUUUUGAGGAGUUAAUGUAACACUACCAUCUGCAGACUCCAUUCAGCCUACCAUCUACAGACUCCAUUCAGCCUUCCAGGCCCUGUGGUUGGCUGGUAACAGAAUUAUGUCCAAACCAUUGUUCUGUUAUGAGUUCCCCAAUUGUAGGGAUUUCAUCUUAUUUAAUGGUAGAACAAUCACGUGUAUGAUUAAUUUACUUCUGAACCAUGACUUUUUUCCAUGUGAUACAUUAGGAACAUAACUACCUUUGGGCAGUUGAUCAGUUGAUGCAGUGACAUAUACUAUUAUGAAGAGUGUGAUCCAUAUCAGAACCGUUAAUGGUUUCUUCAUGCAUAUGCAUACUUACACAUCAUACAUCUUAUAAAGAGCUACAGCCUACAGGUAUCUGUAUCUAUUCAAGUCAUUCUCCAAAAUAUGGAUAACAAAUAUGGAUAGCUUAUGCACACCGUGGCAAUCAAAUCACCUGUGCAUGCAAGAUGCCAACCUUUGCUAUCCAGAAGUUAGAAUAUCUGCACUUUUUCUUAUGUUCCCUCUACUAUAUAAACUCAUCCCAUGUUCGACUUUGUAUAUCCAUAGCUCCCACAAGUCAUAUGUUCAUCAUUAAGUGUGUUCCAACCUGUAACGGCUUCACUUUGUCACAUAUUUCCUCAUUCAUUCAUAUAAAUGGAUUAUUCUAAUUUGCGUCGCCAAGCUGCAUCCAUGAAAAAGAGCCUCUUUGAUCAGGGAUACCUAGAUGAGCAAUUUUGUCAGGUGGAAGAUUUGCAGGAUGAAGCUAGUCCUAAUUUUGUGGAAGAAGUUGUUACUUUGUUUUUUAAGGACUCGGGCAGGCUAAUGUCAAACAUUGAGCAAGCUCUGGAGAAGUACCCAAGAGAUUUCAACAGGUGGGAUACAUAUAUGCAGCAACUAAAAGGCAGCUGUUCCAGCAUCGGCGCUUCUAGGAUGAAGAAUGAGUGCAUGUCGUUCAGGGAUAGUUGUGGCCAAGGAAAUGUUGAAGGUUGCAUGAGGUCUUUCCAGAAAGUGAAGCGGGAGCAUGCUGUCCUGAGGCAGAAACUAGAAUCCUAUUUCCAGCUGCUAAGACAAGCUGGCCCCGCUGGAGCUGCCACUAGGCCUGUCAUGUAAGAACCGGCUAUUCGCAUUCUGCAAGGCGCACUGCUGCUCUUCCAGCAUCUUCGAUAUGCUGGUCCUGCUGACAUUAUAACUAGGCCAGCAUAUAAGUUUGUAGCCUGUCGGUACCCGACGCCUCUACGGCAAUAGCCAAUGGAUGUGCCACACUUAAAUACGCUUGUAUAAGUAUUAAAGUGAAAUAAGAAGAGAUGACAGACUGGAUGUACUAUCGUGUAAGUAAUACGAGCAUGAAACAUGAUAUCACUUACUGGUUUACAGUAUAGCUUCA